AUGCAGCAACCGCCAAUGCUGCCGCGCAUCGCGAUUAUUGAUCAUCACGACUCCUACACGCGCAAUCUUCUCUCUUUGAUUACACAGAGCAUUGAGCCUGCGCCUGAUGCGGAGACACUGGCAAAUCGCGUCGUUGUCCUUCCUUACACGCAUCCGAUUUUAACAGCGGAUCGUAUCGGCACCAAUUUGCUCCCUCAUGUGGACGCAUUGAUUCUAUCCCCGGGACCGGGAAACCCUCAUAGCAAACAGGAUUUUGGUACAUCUAUGGAACUACUGCGUGCACAGAAGCAUGCGCCGGUUCCAGUGCUUGGCAUCUGCCUUGGCCACCAAGGGAUUGCCGUUGCGGACGGCGCAAAAGUCGUACAGCUCGCCACGCCGAUACACGGACGCAGGCAUGCGCUGAGUAUUGACAGUGAUGCACGCGAUGCAAAACGUGCGCAUGAAAUGCUCAGUAUUAUGGAAAAUGUACCCCAAGGCACCGAGGUGGUUUGCUACAAUAGCCUCGUUGUGGACGAGAAGACACUGCCACCCGUGCUUCGUGUUCUUGCACACUCCCAGUCAGAGCAAGGACCACUUGUACAGGCGAUCGAACACACGGAACUUCCCUACUUUGGCGUCCAAUUUCAUCCGGAAAGCAUCGAGUCCGAUGGGGGCGCCACAGUCUUACGCAACUUUUUUCACAACGUCGCGGCGUAUUGGAAGGCAUGCGAUAAACAGCGCGUAGCGCAAUGGGUCUCGCCGCAGCUUCGACUUUCUACAGCGCUUAUCGAGGUCGGCGGAAGUUGUGUUGCGCCAAGCAGGCCAUUGCAUACGUCGACGCCUCGGUGGGAAGUCGUCCAAAAAACAUUUUUGAUACCCACUACUGUAACACUCCACGAUACUCUGGCACAUGUUAUGCCGGCCUUGUUUCAAAAGUUGUGUCGCACGUCUAAUCAUCGUGGCCCGAUGGCCAGCGGCGUAUGGCUGGACAGUGCGAGCGUAGCGGAUCCACAAAGCCAACUCUCCAUGAUGGGGCGUGCAGAUUUUACGUUACAUUACGAUAUGCAUGGAAGCUUGGCGGCAUGCGUCCAAAAUGAGGAUGCGUCCAUAUCGCGCGCGGUAUUAGAUGCAAACGGCUCCUUGUGGGAUUGGCUUGGCAACGUUCAACGCGUCUUACAAAGUAUGACCAAGCUGCCGGACGCGAUGCCUAUGGAUGCAGCUGCUGGCGGCAGUACAUGCGCUUUCUGCACUGGGUUUGUUGGUUUCUGGAGCUACGAAAUGAAGGACGAGAGUCUGCAUCUUCGACCUUUCGAUCCCACACAUUAUGGGCCGGCGGGGCCGCGCGAGGCUGUGGAUCGGAUGCAGCUGCCCGCUGCGCAGUGGAGCUUUUGCAAUACAACGCUCUCGUUGGAUCAAAAAUUACGCACUUGGACUGCGUAUGCGCUUGUGGAUCAUGGGACAGAGGCGCACUUACCGUCUGAGAUGCAAACGCUGACAUUGGCGCUCGCGCAGCUGCCGCAUGGCACCGUAGGCAUAUCGCAUGCACGUGCGGAUGAAUGGCUCGCUCGUGUAGAGGAGACGCUUUUGGAGGUAUGCAACCAAGCAUCCCCGAGCUCCGAGACCCUUGUUCGCCAAGUACUUCCGCCCCUUCACGCUGUGGAUAACAAACAGACGUACCAGGAUAAAAUCGGCAAGGCAAGGCAACUUAUCGGUGCUGGCGAAAGCUACGAACUGUGUCUCACCACCCAGUUCGAAGGCCGCGUUCCCGAACUCGACUCGCACAAUUACGAUGCACAUUUUGCACUCUACUGCAAACUCAGACGUAAAAACCCUGCGCCGUUUAGUGCAUACAUCGAACUGCUUCCUACCGCGACACUCCCACAAGCAAUUCUCUCCACGAGUCCUGAACGGUUUCUCACCGUCACCCGCGAGGGAUAUAUGGAAAUGCGGCCGAUCAAAGGAACGCUUCCUAAGGCGGGCUUUGCGAAGGGCGAGGAGGACUGGCUUGAACGCGCACAUCAAGACACCGCUUUUGCCGCACAUGUUCAAGCCGAAGACGAGCGUCGAAAAGCCAAAUUGAACGCGGACCCGAAAGAGCGCGCCGAGAAUCUCAUGAUUGUGGAUUUGAUCCGCGCAGAUCUUCAGUCGGUAUGUUUUCCGGGAUCGGUCCAGGUCCCGCGCUUAAUUGCACUGGAGAGCUAUGCAACGGUACACCAGCUCGUCACUGCCGUCACAGGCAUACUGCGGCCUGGAAUUGGCUGUGUCGAGGCAACUAAGCGGUGUUUCCCCCCGGGAAGCAUGACAGGUGCACCAAAGCACCGGAGUGUCGAGUUGCUCGAUGAUUUGGAGCGUGCGCAUGGCGGUAGGGCGACGCGGCGUCGUGCUGCAUAUUCGGGUGCGCUUGGCUUUAUCAGCGUAGAUGGCGCCUCGAACAUGUCUGUGGUGAUCCGCACAGUGACAACACAAGGUUCCGGCGCCUUGGUCGGGGCAGGUGGUGCGAUUACAUAUGCUUCGACAGCAGAGGGUGAAUGGGAAGAGGCACUCACUAAACUUGGAUCGGUUGCAUCCUUGGCUACGUAA